AGUUCAAUUUAUUGAUUAGGAUGGCGGAAUUAGAAAAUGGGAUAUCGGCGCCGGCAACGCCGGGGACGCCAACUCCGUUAUUCCCGUCGUUACGAGUGGACUCAAUGGGUUCUUAUGAUCGGAAGUCAAUGCCCCGAUGCAAAUGCUUGCCUUUGGAUGCUGCAACAUGGGGAGCUCCUCAUACCUGUCUCGCCGACUUUCCCGCACCAGAUGUCUCUCUCACCAGAAAGUUGGGAGCUGAAUUCGUGGGAACAUUUAUCCUUAUAUUUGCUGCAACAGCCGGGCCAAUUGUGAACCAAAAGUACAACGGAGCUGAAUCUCUAAUUGGGAAUGCAGCUUGCUCAGGGCUGGCUGUUAUGAUUGUGAUUCUGUCGACGGGCCAUAUUUCUGGAGCUCAUCUGAAUCCGUCCCUCACUAUAGCAUUUGCAGCACUUCGUCACUUUCCGUGGGUUCAAGUGCCAGCCUAUGUUGCAGCACAGGUUUCAGCAUCCAUUUGUGCUUCUUUUGCACUCAAAGGUGUCUUUCAUCCGUUCAUGUCUGGCGGUGUUACUGUCCCUUCAGUAAACACUGGCCAGGCUUUUGCUCUUGAAUUCCUCAUCACAUUCAAUCUCCUUUUCGUUGUCACUGCUGUUGCAACUGACACCAGAGCGGUGGGAGAGUUGGCUGGCAUAGCAGUUGGAGCUACAGUUAUGCUCAAUAUUCUAGUUGCUGGGCCGUCAAGCGGUGCUUCCAUGAAUCCAGUACGAACUUUGGGGCCGGCCGUUGCAGCAGGAAAUUACAAGUCAUUGUGGAUUUACCUAGUGGCUCCAACUCUGGGGGCUAUUGCAGGGGCGGCUGUUUAUACGCUCGUCAAACUUCGUGGAGAUGACACUACCGAGACACCAAGCCAGGUUAGGAGCUUCCGCCGCUAGUCUGCUGAAGGAAGGGUGUUGUUCCAACUUAUAAUACUAUUGUGUGCUUGAAAAUAAAGGUGG